AUGAAGGUUCAGAUGGCUUUGGCAGCAUCUGGAAGUUCGCUUUACAUUGCCAUAAGUACCAAGGUUUACAAAGUUGUUGGAAAUACCGCUCAGGUUUCUCGUGAUCUCAUGCAAAAGUUGAAGAAAUUCUUUUUAGGAAUUAUUCGACGUUACGUCGUUUCCAGAAGUCGAAUCAAAGGAAAAGCCAGAAGAUGAGCAGAAAAAACAGAAACCCGAAAUUGUUGAGGUGAUCGACUUUUUUUUUGUUAUUUAGCUUGCUCCACUCUAUAAACAACGAAUUAGUAAUGCUCCAUGAAAUUAUCUUUUUCUUCACUUUGGACACCAGAUCAAUUUUGACAUUUUCCUCUCUUUCAGACCUCACCGCCGAUCAUUGAUUCUUAUUUAUUUUACUUCGUUUUCAUCAUUAUUUUGUAUUUUUAUUUUUUUCUAUUUUUCGAACUAAAUCGUCGCGGGUAUGUGUAAUUGCCAAAAAAAAAUCGAAGGAAUUUUUUGGGUUAUUACAAGUUGGAAAACUCUAACCUUGCUCCUAACAUGUAGGACAAGAACAUAGAGAAAAAAAGUUCCAUCAUCUUUGAACUUUUUUGUGAGGAUUUGGAUUUCAUUCACUAUCUUUCUCGUAUUUCUCAUCCAUUUAACGAGAUUUUGAUCGUUUUAUUAUUUUUUUUCAUGAAACUUCUUCUUUUUCGUACGCCUUUGUACCGCUUGAGCGGCGUCGACGCCCCAAGACGAUUAGCCGAGAUUCUAUCCUGAUACCAGUGACAAUCAGUGGACUGGCUCGAGUGACAUAUCCGUCCUUGUGUGUGAGGGCUGCGGAUUUUUUUCGAAUUUCUCGAAAUUUUCCCACUACCAAAAUUUCUCAAAAAUCUUGGUUGGGUUGCGGCGGGGAUCGAACUGCUGGCCCUGUGGACCGCAGACAGGCACACAACCUGUUGCGCCACGGCGCAUCCCAUUUUUCUUCAGGAAACAUGCUUCAAAAUCAAUAAUUUUGUUUGCUGAAUAGAUAAUGCAUAUAUUCAGAUUCUGUGUUGCUGUGUGUCCAAAUGCGGCUCUCUUCUGGCGGUCGGAACCAACGAGAAGAAGUUCCACGUCUGGGACGUCGUCUCGUCUUCGUUGAAGACGUCUUUUCUUGUCAUCAAAGCUCCACAAUCGGCUUGUUUCGAUGCUGUCCGUUUUAUUUUCUUUGAGAAAACACUCGAGCUCAAAACUUUUAAAAUUCGUAUGGUAUAUAACAUACAAGUGAGGGACACAAUAAGUCCUGACUUACAAAAAUUUUUGAAUAUCUAGUCUGUAAAUAAGCUUCAACCUAAUAGCGGUAAUAUUCCCAAGGAAAAAAAAAAUAAAAGUUUAAACUUCAGGAUGUUCAGGGAAAAGCUUGAGAGGAGGGGUUGUCGACUUUUAAAAAUAACUUGCCCCUGUGGUACCAAAAUGAUCGCAAUCGGCUGAGUUUGUUCCUGGCGGAGGAUUUUUAAGUUUAUCGAGUUUUAAGUGUGAAAUUAUCAUCCCCUACCAUUUUUUACAGUUUGAUUCACAUGAUUUAGGAAUGUUAAAUAAAGUUAAGAAUCUCUGAACUUUCGAGCUUUUGAGAAGGGUUUUUAAAUUAGACAUUUUUCCAGACUUCCGAUAGCAUCGUUGUUGGUGACCGAGCUGGUGAUGUCUAUCGUUACCGACUGGAUUUCGCCAAGUUGGAGGAGAUCUCUGGAUCCGUUUCAAUGGCUCUAGACGUUCUGAUUUCGACGGACGGACGGUGGCUCAUCACGGCGGAUAGGGAUGAGAAAGUUCGCAUCUCCAGAUAUCCACAGGUUUUUUCACACUCUCUCUGAACAAAAAAACCUGGGAAAUUCUUUUCUUCUAGUUUUCCUAAUAAGGAUAAAAAAUCGUAUAUUAUUUCUCAGCUCUUAAAAAGUUUUAUAACUCGUUAACCGCUGCCCUUGAAAAUUUUUCAAUAAGGUUCUUUACAAUUUUUUGACGUCCCUGUAGUUUUUUUGUCUAGACCUAAGGAAGUAAGUAUGAAUCCUCUUGGUGAUUUUUAGGUUUCCUGAUGAAGCUUUCCUUAAGUAAAAGCCUGAAAAAUGGCGUUAUGAAAUCUUUCAGAAAAUUUCUCGCGGCUGUCAUUUGAUGUUUCUUGAAACUGAGUAUUAGUAUUUUGUGUGUCACGACUUGAAAUUUCACGGAACGACAUUCCGCUGUUCCGCUGCGUGCGUUCGCGAUGCGUCUUUCGAAUCUUGAUCACGCUUUCAAUGGAUUGUUAUUGCUGUGGGAGCACAUGAAAGUAGAGUACCUUAAUUAAAGAAAAAAAAAAUUUUAAGCGCGACCAAGGUUCAGAAAGGCACACAGCGGCACAGCGGAAUGUUGUUUGGUGAAAUUCCAAGUCGCGGUACACAGGCUAUACUGCAAUUCGCUUUCACUUCUAUCCGAUUUUCUAUCAUUGAACGUAUUUUGAGUCCUUUGUGAUCCAAUGGUUCUGCUUGGGCCACACGGAGUACGUGCGAAGCCUCGCCCAACUCGACGACUCCGUCUGGAGCGCAGGUUCUCUUUUUUGACAUUGACCCGUUGACCUUUCGACACGUUGUCCAGGAGGCGACGGAGUGAUCCGCGAGUGGAGCUUGACGACUGGCGCCAGUGUCAGCUCGUCUCAAAGACUCAGCCCUGACAAGAGCCUUAGGAAGAUUGCCGCCCUCAAGUCGGUAAUUGACAACCUACCUCUCCAGUAAACUCUUUCCCGUUGUUCAGGAGAACGGCGUACUUGUCGGUGCCGCCGUAGAAGAGGACUCUUCGUUUUACAUCUCUCAUGAAGGACUCGAACGGGUAGAACAUGUGCAACUUGAUGAGAAUAUCCUGGACAUCGCUGUUUUAGGAUCUCGAUUUGUCGUGUUAACAAGGUUCGAUUUUCAGAAGAGUUUCCUUUUCAAGGGAAUGGAAAAUUUCAAGUUUUGCUUGUUUUCUGGAGUUUAACUUUUGAAGCACCAUCCUUUUUUCUUUUUUCGCUUCUUUCUUCUAUAGGUUUGUAUCAUAUCCGUUGAGAAAAAGAGGAUUUGAGGCGCCGAAAAUCUGGAAAAAGUUGACCUUUUUUGUUCUAAUUUCACUGACGCUAUUUGAAAAGAAUUGCAGUUUUAUCUGAAAUCAGGCCGAAAAGGCCUACACAAGAAAUUCUCUGAACUUUUCAGAUUAAAAAAAAUUCAGAUUAGUCAUUAAUUUAAUUGCAAUCUAAAAGCGGCUGUCACUUGAGAUUUCAGGGUAUUCUCCUUUGAAAAUAGAAAAAUAUGAGAAGGGAAAAGAAUUUCAAGGUCCUCUUCUCAUACCUGAAUUCCCAAUUUUCGGAUAAACUUUCAAAAAUUUUUGAAUUCCAUUGAAUGCUGGCUUGAACCAAAAAGUCAACGUCUGAGUCUCUGGAAUUAACACGCUAUUUCCCUUAGUUUUUAAGACUUAUUUUUUAAAUAUUUGCAAUUUGGCUCAAGUCAGUGGUGAAGUGAGUAUCUUAAUACCUUCUUUUCAUAUCCGAUUUUUUCCUUUUUUGAGUCAGUAUUUUGUCUUUUUCUGUAGAUUUCUAUCUGUCAGUAUUAUCAGAAGCUAUUCAUUAAGACACAAUUAUGUACACGUUCAGAGGCGGGUUGUACUUGAUAGACGAGGGAAAGACGGUGGAAAGCGUGGAGCUGGACGGGGAGCUCAAGAAAAAGUUGUCAGAGAGCAAAGACGCCGUCGCGAAUCUCUUCAAGAACGUUACAUUCAACAACAAGGCGGCCUACGAAAUGCGAAAGGCGAGAGUUGGCCCAUUAAUCACACGCACGAAACGAACAUCUCGGCAACUGGCCGUUUUUUUCUGUUUCACCGCGAUUCCAUGAUCUACGAUAUGUUGCAGAGCGAAAAGUUCGAGAAGAUCAACGCGAAAAAGGCCCAGAAGAGGAAACUGGAAGUCGCGCGGUAA